AUGUGCUACACAACUAAUCCGAUUAGAAUCACUGAGAGAUUGACAAAAAGAAACGUAUUAGCCGCGGUUGCACAAAUUUUUGAUCCAUUAGGCCUGCUGGGUCCGGUGGUAUUAUAUGCGAAAAAAAUAAUGCAGGACGUGUGGCGUGCCGGAAUACACUGGGAUGAAUCGGUUUCGGAAUGUAUCUAUACAGAAUGGUUAGAGUUCACUCGACAAUUAGAUUUAAUAGAGCAAAUUACUUUUCCCCGUAAAUUAUUGGUCGAUGAUUGUCGGGAAGUGCAAAUUCACGGGUUUUGCGACGCAAGCAACAUCGGCUAUGGAGCAUGUCUAUAUGUGCGAUCAAAAGAGGGAUGCGGUUCUACGAUAUCUAACAUAUUAUGCGCUAAGUCGCAAGUCGCGCCUUUGAAAACAAUUACAUUACCGCGACUAGAGCUUUGCGGAGCUUCAUUGCUGGCCCAGUUGUAUCGCGAAAUAAGAAGCACUCUAAAUAUCGUGCCUAGCAAAACCGUUUUCUGGAGCGAUUCGACCAUAGUCUUACAUUGGUUGAAGACGCCACCACAUUCCCUUAAAACGUUCGUAGCCAAUCGCGUUACGCAAAUUCAGGAAUUAACCAGCGCAGGCGAAUGGCGACACGUUCGAUCCGGGGAUAAUCCGGCCGACGCAGUGUCAAGGGGUCAAUUACCUCACGCAUUUAUACGUAAUAGCAUCUGGUUCGCGGGACCGUCAUGGUUGGUCGGAGACGAGAGCGAAUGGCCCAACGAAAUGACACGAGCGAUCGAGGUUCCUGAGUUAAAGAGAAACAUAUGUUUGCAGGCUAUUGCGACCGACGUUGGACUUUUAGAGAGAUUUUCAUCUUAUUCCAAAUUAAUUAGAGUUACGGCAUAUUGCUGUCGCUUCCGACCUACUAAUAACUACACCGGAUCAUUAUGCGCUAAGGAGAUCGAAGAAUCCGAAACUCGAAUCCUAAAAAUGUUGCAAGUAGCUACAUUAUUGAAUGAAAUCGAAGCCCUUAAAGGUGACGGUUUAAAAAAGAGGAAUCAAUUAUCCGGUUUGAGUCCGUUUUUAGAUCAAAGCGGCGUGAUGCGAGUCGGAGGACGUAUUCAGAAGGCAGAAUUAAUGUUUUCACGGAAGCAUCCAAUAUUACUGCCUAAUCGACACCAUCUAACGGAUUGCAUUAUUCGCGAAAUUCACGAAAACAAUUAUCAUACGGGUAUUCAGAACACGCUGCAUUUUCUUAGGCAGAGAUUUUGGCUACUCGACGGCCGCAAUCAGGUGCGGAAGAUCGUUCGGGCAUGUUCGCGUUGUUCGCGCUUUAAUGCCAAGGCUAUCGAAUAUAAGAUGGGCAACCUUCCGCCAGUCCGGGUGCGUCAAGCGGUUCCUUUUUCUAACACAGGUAUCGAUUUUUGCGGGCCGUUUUUCAUCAAAGAAAAGAAAUAUCGCAAUCGCGCUCGGAUAAAGGCAUACGUGUGUGUAUUUGUAUGCAUGGCGGUUAAGGCGGUUCACUUGGAGGUCGUCAGCGACUUGUCUUCGGAAGGUUUUAUUGCCGCGUUACGUCGGUUUGUCGCGAGACGAGGGCUGCCCGAUCAUAUUUUUUCUGACAACGGAACGAAUUUUGUAGGCGCAAAUAAUCAAUUAAAGGAAUUGUUCGUUAUGCUUAAUUCGGACGAACAUAAAACGUCAAUAAAUAAAUUCGCGAGUGAGCGUCGGAUCACGUGGCAUUUUAUACCACCGGUGGCCCCACAUUUCGGCGGUUUAUGGGAGUCAAUAGUGAAACUGUUCAAACAUCAUUUUAAACGCGUGGUCGGAGACUCUUUGUUUACCUUCGAGGAAUUAAAUACCUUUACUGCCGAAGUUGAAGGCAUCCUGAAUUCCAGACCUAUAACAUCCUUAUCAUCCGAUCCAAACGAUAUGGUGGUAUUAACCCCUGCACACUAUUUAAUUGGACGACCAUUAAUAUCUCUUCCGGAGAACGACCUCUCCGUUGUUCCAGUCAAUCGAUUGUAUACCUGGAAACAUAUAACUAAGGUACGACAAGAUUUCUGGACACGAUGGCAUACGGAGUACCUAAAUGAAUUUCAGAAACGCACCAAAUGGGUCAAAGACGGAUCUAAAAUCGAGAUUGGAACAGUCGUACUCAUCAAGGACAAGAAUUUACCUUGUAUGCAAUGGGCGCUAGGCCGGAUCAUACAACUGCAUCCAGGCGAGGACGGAAUCGCACAAGUGGCCACCAUCAAAACGGCGUCCGGGGAAAUAAAAAGAUCCACUACAUCGUUGUGCCCCCUACUGAUGGAGCAAUAUUAA